AAAAAAACACCAUCUAAUCUUCACUACAACCUCAUAAAAGGAAAAACCCUCUCAACCUGUCAUGUCUCUCAGAGAGAAGCAGCAGAUGAAUCUGGACUCUGAGAGUGCAGCACACACUGGUAUGGAGUGUCAGUCGAGGUCCUCUCAGAAGUACCUGCUGCUGCAGGUGUGGUGUGGUAUCCUCACUGUGGCCAUGGUGGUAAUGGCUGCAGUUCUCACUUCAAUCAAGCCAAAGUCAGAUGAGAUUUCCUUUCACAAGCUUGUUGCUGCAAAUCAAGAAGAAGUCACCACACUGAAGCCAGAUGUCACUUCAGCAGUCAGCACUAUUAUGGCUCCCUUAAAAUCAAUAGGUACUGCGUCAGGAUCCACUCCCUCAUACAUCGAGCUUGUCAAGUACAUGCAUUCUUGGCAAACCUCACACAGCUGUGACCUCUGCUCCCUGGUCCUGCGUAACGACUCUAUUCUCUGCACGAAGGACAGCGUCUACUUCAUGUACGCCCAGGUCACCUUCAGCAAGAACCCUUCGAAAAACCAGACCAGGCGUGUGAUUUUGAAAAGAAAUGCCUCGUUUGGUAGAAGUGCGAGGAUACUGACUGAGAGCACCUUCCCACACACAACGGAGGGCUCUGUAUGGGUGGCCAAGAUCGUCAGCCUCCUAGAGGGAGACAGUGUCAUCUUAAAUAUCACAGAUGAUUUUCUAAGAGACAGCAAAUACACAUUCUGGGGUGCCUAUCCGCUUCAUUAGCACUGCCAGUCUCCAGGAUUCGAUACAGUACAAGAGAGAAUCAUUCAGGGUUGGACUUGCAUGUUAUUAGUAAUCCUAUACUUUCAACAGAAGUUGUUCGUCACCUGUGUUUUGUUCCCAUAGCUUGCACUGGAUAUUUAACCAAAUGUCACUCCAGAUUGUCCUCAAAAUCACAGGGUUUCAGUGAUGUUCAACAAUUACUGUAUCUUGUUUCUUGCAGGGUAGUAAACCUUUUAAUAAUCUUUGUGGUCAACAUGGAACACUAAAAUGCUAAGAGCUACAUCGGGCAGGGUGAGGAAGGUUUUAAUAACAAAAUGGACCAAAACCUUUAAAUAAAAGGUCAUCUUCAUAUCCUAUUGACUUUGGAUGAAAAUAUCUUGGCAAAACAACAAACAUCAGUCCAACCUUAGCAGAGUCUCUUCUCUUGAAAUUGUGUGGCGUUGUAAAUAAGAUAGAAGAUGAAGAAGAUAACUGCAUUUUAAAAUGUAUGCAAAGUGUGACUGCCUGGGGCAUGAAUAUGUUUGUCUUCACUGCUAUGUUCUUGUGUAAUUUAUGAAAUGGAAUACUAUAUUGGUGGUGGUUA